AGGCGCAGGAGGGGGCGGAGCCGCGGGAGCCGGGGAGCUGGGGAGCCGGAGCCCCGGGUCCCAGCGACUAAAGCCGGCUCCCCUGGCGGCGUCCUGAGGACCCGGCGUCGGCCUCCUCCCGCUCCCCGAGGCCGGAGAGUGGAUGCAGUGGGGGGUGGGGUGGGGGACAGCGUCGGAAUCCCGAGGACAGAAGGCAGAGGCCGUCCCCAGCCCGGAUUAUUGGAGGGGAGAGAGAGCCCCUAGUUUGGGGAGGGGGAGAGCUGGGCGUUGAGCGGCCCCCCGCAGCGCCGCUGCCCUCAGCCGAAGGGUAUCUGCCAGCUCUCCCCCUCCUGACGAGAAGACUCAAACGACCAAGGCCAGGGACCCCUGUCCUUCAGCCUCUGCAUCCCCUCACCCCCUCCUCCGCUCUGGGGCUGACCCAGGGAGGAGACCCAGUCCACCUCCCGCCUCUGCCCUCGAGAGGGACUGUCCUUCCACACCCCAGAGUGGGGGGCCCGGGCCCCAGGCUGCCUGAGCCCCGCUGCAAGGGCAGGGUCCCCCUGUUUGAGGAGGAAGGGCCUGGCCAGUUGCAGCUUCUUUCCUCCUGAGCUCCCCAGGCCUGUCGCUGCACCCCUCCGUAUUUAUUUCCCUGGCCCUCUGCCAGCUCCCCCAUCUCUCUCUGGGAUUCAGGCCUCCCUUCCUGACAUGGAGAGUAACCUGUCUGGCCUGGUGCCGGCCGCUGGGCUGGUGCCUGCGCUGCCUCCCGCCGUGACCCUGGGGCUGACUGCGGCCUACACCACUCUGUACGCCCUGCUCUUCUUCUCCGUCUAUGCCCAACUCUGGCUGGUGCUCCUAUAUGGGCACAAGCGUCUCAGCUAUCAGACGGUGUUCCUGGCACUCUGUCUGCUCUGGGCUGCCUUGCGUACCACCCUCUUCUCCUUCUACUUCCGAGAUACCCCUCGAGCCAACCGUCUGGGACCCCUGCCCUUUUGGCUUCUCUACUGCUGCCCUGUCUGCCUGCAGUUCUUCACACUGACACUUAUGAACCUCUACUUUGCCCAGGUUGUGUUCAAGGCCAAGGCCAAGCGCCGGCCAGAGAUGAGCCGAGGCUUGCUGGCCGUCCGAGGGGCCUUCGUGGGGGCCUCGCUGCUCUUUCUGCUGGUGAACGUGCUGUGUGCUGUGCUGUCCCGCCGGCGCCGGGCACAGCCCUGGGCCCUCCUGCUGGUGCGAGUCCUGGUGAGCGACUCCCUCUUUGUCAUCUGCGCGCUCUCUCUUGCUGCCUGCCUCUGCCUUGUUGCCCGGCGGGCGCCUUCCACCAGCAUCUACUUGGAGGCCAAGGGGACCAGUGUGUGCCAGGCGGCUGCAAUGGGUGGCGCCAUGGUCCUACUCUAUGCCAGCCGGGCCUGCUACAACCUGGCAGCCCUGGCCUUGGCCCCCCGGAGCCGGCUAGAUGCCUUCGAUUAUGACUGGUACAACGUGUCUGACCAGGCGGACCUGGUGAAUGACCUGGGGAACAAAGGCUACCUGGUGUUUGGCCUCAUCCUCUUUGUGUGGGAGCUGCUGCCCACCACCCUGCUGGUGGGCUUCUUCCGGGUGCACCGGCCCCCGCAGGACCUGAGCACCAGCCGCAUCCUCAAUGGGCAGGUCUUUGGCUCCCGUUCCUACUUCUUCGACCGAGCCGGGCACUGUGAGGACGAGGGCUGCUCCAGGGAGCGAGGCCGGAGCGAGAGCACCAGCAUGUCAGGCAGCCUAGGCUCCGGCAGCUGGUACGGCGCCAUCGGGCGGGAGCCAGCCUGGUGCGGGGGCAGCCAGACACGGACCACUCCUCUGCUCUUCUCCCAGGUGCUGGGACCGGGUGGUCACCACCACAGUCUCUACUCCACCCCACAGACGUGAUCCCCUUCUGUCCCCCUAGAACACCCAGACCCCAGUCCUCCCAUCCCAGCUCCUCCCCCCUCCAUGCCAAGUUCACCUGCUGCUUGUUGCCCAGGAUCGCGGGAGGCUAUGGCCGCCUCUUCCCCCCUGGCCAGCUCCUUGGUACUCUUGUCGUAGUGAGCUUGUGCUGUCCCCUAGGAUGGGGGGCAUGGCCCUGGCUGCCAGAUGCACCUUGGCAUGACCUGCCGCCUUGCUUCUACACUGGAGCCAGCUACCUCUCCUGCACCUGCCACUCAAUAAACAGUGUCUGUGCCCCUCA